AUGGCGUCGCACGGAUACGCAGUCUUCUUUCCCGAAGGCACCGGCUAUCUCAAAGUCCAUGAAUUGGAACACAGCAAUAGCCACCACAACAACCUCGUCUGGAGCAUCGAAGAUGGGGAGGCAUAUGUGAGGGUAAAGCGUCAGCCCUGGUCUCGCCCUGACAAAAGCGCGCAACCAUAUGCUGAGAUCAAGCACUAUCGCGAAGUCAAGGGAGUGCCCAAGCUCCUGAACGCCUUACACUUUGAACAUCUCCAAAACGACGAGCCUCGCCGCAGCGAAUUCAUAUCCGUCUCCACCAUCUGGUCUUACCUCAACGGCGGAAACCUGGGCGAAUUCCUGGAGGCCAAUGAGUACAGCCCAGACCCCAAAUACAAUUUCUUCGCCCCGGGGCUGAAAUCCCCAGAAGCCCUCGAGAUAUUCGUCUGGCACUUUUUCGACCAGAUCCUGCAGGUCUAUCUCAAUCUCUACGAGAGGGGGAUUGCUCCUGGGGAGGGCUGGUGCAACAACGUCAUGUUGCAUUUUCCUGACGACAAGGCCAAGCUACCAGAUGUCUAUCUGUGCGACUUUGAGCGGGCGGGCCCUGUCGAUGAAAAGAGCGUGGAAAGAGGGCUGGCAACGAUCUUCGUGAACCUCACCUGCAUCAUGACGAGGCAAGAGCCCGCCACCGAGAGCGCUGACUGCAGGCUCAUCUCCGACCAAGGCGUGCCCGAUCCUCAAUUCUCGGAUGAAUUGCUAGAGUGCCGCGUGGAGUUGGGCAAGAUGUGCUACUCGGCGCUAACGGGCGACUACGAAGUGAAGGUUGACAAUGACGUCCCCCAGCCCAAGAAGAGCUCGUCUCUCGGCCUGCCGAUGCUGCUGCAAGAGAUCAGGAAGCUCAAGGCCAAAGUGGCUCAGCACGCAAGGCAGGCGAAGGACAAGGCCUCUUCGUUACCUGACAUGCGAGGGCUGCGACAAGACCCGGAACCGUGGGAGCCGACAUUGUACAACUCGCGGGCCGAGCUCAUCAACGACUCAUUUCACACGGGAGGACCUUGGAACAUUGCAAGGGUCGACUUCGAGACGGGCAAGAUCCUGGCGGUGGAAAAGGCCAAGUACAAUCUGCAUCUCCCGCGCGUUAACAAGGAAGGGGUUUACAAUCCGCCUUUACCCGGAGACGUCCUGCUAGAGACGGACGUCAACCUCUUCACAGUUGGACAGCAGGCCCUCGACCUGGCGGAAAAACAAGACAAGGCCAAGGCCGGCGAGAUCGUACACCUUAUCUUCGAGGUCGACCCUUUCUGGACAGAAGAAGAGCUCUAUAACCCGUUAGGCGAAGGCGGCAUGAGUCCUCCUUACAAGAAUUCUACGAAUUUGGGUCCGACAUCGUCAAACGCCAGCCAAAACACAGGAGGAACGGGGAAGGACAAGGCAAACGACGCGACCAAGUCCCCUACCAAGUCGCCCGCCAAAUCGCCCGCCAAAUCGCCCGCCAAGUCCCUAUCGUCGGCGCCGCACAAGCAGGCAACGGGAACAGGCUCGGUAGACAAUACGGCAGCGGCAGCGACAACCACAACGACAACCACAACGCCGGCGGCGGCGGCCAGCCCCAAACCGGACGCGCAACCAAAAUCCGCAACAGCGACGAGAGCGAGUACGACAAAGAAGCCUGCGUCGUCGGGAGCGAGUAAGCGAAAGACCGGUCCGAAGGCCAAAGCGACGAGGACCAAGGUUUCAAAGGCCAAGCAGACAAAGGCAACGGCGACGAAGGCCGCAUCCAAAGCGAAAGCCGCACCCAAAGCGAAGGCCACGCCCAAACCAAAGACCACGCCGAAACCAAAGACCACGCCGAAAGCGAAGGUCGCACCCACAGCGAAGGCCGCACCGAAACCGAAACCCGCAUCUAAAUCGAAGGCCACAGCCAAACCGAAGACUACAGCCAAACCGAAGGCCACGCCUAAACCGAAAGCCACAGCCAAACCGAAACCCAAUCCAAAGAACACUACCACUACCACUACCACCGCCACCACCACCAAGAGAAAGCGCCAAGCCACCACUCCACCGCCCGGAACCCGACACUCCAAGCGCCUGCGCGGCGAGCCAUCCGACGGCAAAUCUCUGCCUUACUGA